AGGCUGCCCGAUACUCCGCCAGGCUGGCCAGAAGGCCGACCUGGGCGCCUGGGUCCCUAGCAACUGCUUAGCUGAGCUCCUGACCACGCCUCCACGAGUUCCUAUCAAGUACAGUACUCCCUGACCUUUAAGGACUGUAUUUCAGGAUCAAAAAGGAAUCAAUUCCCACCCCAACUAUCAAAGAAAAAGGUCCUUUUGUCUUGAAGAGACUGCAGUGAUUGCAGCUGCCAGUGUUAAGACCACCUUUAAGAUAGCCACAGAGAACAGCGGAUGUCCACCCGCACCACUCUAGGAGCAAAAGCACCGUAUCCAGCAGUUAUAGAUGGCAGAAGUGAAGUCGAUGUUCCGGGAAGUCCUUCCAAAACAAGGGCAGUUGUCUGUAGAAGAUGUAACCACAAUGGUACUGUGUAAACCCAAGCUUUUACCCUUAAAAUCUCUGACUCUGGAAAAACUAGAGAAAAUGCAGCAAGCAGCACAGGAUACAAUCCGCCAACAAGAAAUGGCAGAAAAAGAAGACCAGCAAAUAGCCCACUGACUAGUACCACUUUAAGGGGACAACCCAUCUCACCUGUUCAGGAACUAGAAACUAUUCUGCAUCUAUAGGCUGAAAAUACAUAAUCAAACUGGACAUUCAUAAUUUUAAAAAAUAAAAUUUGGGAAUUUAAACAUUGGCUUGUAUUAAAAAGAAAACUUUGAAUGAUGUUUUAUGGGAUCUUAAAAAGGUUUUCAGAAUUAUAAAUUACCUUAUUCAACCUACCUACUGUAGUAGUGUUAGAGAUUAGAUGUGUCUUUUCUGGAUGAUGGAUUCCUCAUCUUUUUAGACACCUAAAUCUGAAAAUAAACUAUUCUUGACUAUAUUGUUACCCAGAAACAAACUUAACCAGUUAUGUACCAUGUCAUCCUUAAUGGUUUGUAGCCUGACCAUAAUGACAGCAGUAAUAACAAAACUGGCUUCUUAACAAAUUUGAUUUUUAAAAAACCUUCAGCUAUUUUGGAGUCAACUUAGCUUUUAAUUACACUAAUUUUAAGAAAUAGAGAAUUACAAAAGUAUUGAUUACCAAAUACAAAAACCUAGAAAUGCUUUAUUUUAGCCAUCACAGUAAUAAACCAAUAAAAUAAAUAUGAGCUUUAAAAAACACUAGAGAGUUUUCUUUCUAAAAGACUACCUAGCCUUGUAACCAAGAAAAUAUUUUGGAAAUUGUAAAUAUAAUGGUUGAUUGCAGUCACUAGACUUCUUCAAUUGCCACAGACUUUGAAACCUUGCUAAGUAAUUAGCCUUUAUAAAAAGAGGCUGGAAAUAUGAUCUCCCUUUAAAGUAACUUAUUUAUUGGUAAUUACAUAUUGAUAUUUAGAUAAAUGUAAAGCUUUAAGUAGAAUACUUAUUUAAGAGAAUACUUUUUUUUCUUCCAUGAGCAACUUUUAUUUCUUAACCUGAAUAAACUCUCUGAAGUCAAGGAAUCUAAAACCAUAGUUAAAAUAUGCUUCAAAUUUCUAUACUGUAAUUCUGUCAAGAUAUCCAGCUGUUCUAUGCCCAUCUUCUUGCCAAUCAGUCCUGCCAGAAUGUGCUGAAGUCUGUUUCCCCCUCAUCCCUUUCCUCAAAGAAUGCCUGGUCAUCUUCCUGCUGGAAUCUCUUCUUUUUGCUUUUCAUAAAGAGCUCAUGAACUAACAGGAGGCUGGGGUAUUUUGACAAGUUCUUAAAGCUUAAAGUCCAAUCCCUGAUCUUCUCACUGGAGCCUUGCUAACCCUCCGAGGUGACUGAAGCAGCACCCACUCCUACUUCAGAGUUGGGAGUAACCAUCUGCUUUUUAUCUUCCGUUUCUGACUGGGAGCCUUGCUCCCGGAGAGUGGACAGUCUCCUCAACCUUCCACGAUGCUUUGGCUUUUUUACAAGGUCCCCCAUUCUGGGGGGUCCCCUUCUGAAACAGUUCUUCUUGCAAAGAGCCCUCUUGGUCAGAAAUGGAAUCUUCCAACUUAUUCCAGGUAAGGGAGCUAAAACCACUGUCUCCAGGUGUUGAAACACUGUCUCUCACUUCUGCUGAAGAAGAAAGCGUUUGGCUCCCCUUAAAUCUAGUUUUUGAUAUGAGACUACUUAUUGGAGUUACAUACAUGGUUACCUCUGCUCCAUAGGUUGUCUGGCUACCAGAGGAGCCCAGUUCAGGACAUGUGUUCUCAUCACUAACACUUAAACUGCUGUCACUAAAG